AUGGCUAUAUUUUUCUUAAUACUAUACACUAUUAUUUCCUCUAUUAUUCUACAUUUCUCUCUUAGUUUAUUUUUUCGUAAACGUUACCCAGUGCCACUACCACCCGGUCCAAAACCAUGGCCUAUAAUCGGAAACAUAAUCCAAUUAGGUCCGAAGCCGCACCAGUCCACUGCAUCAAUGGCCCGAACUUACGGGCCAUUGAUGCACCUUCGCAUGGGGUUCGUGGACGUGGUGGUUGCAGCCUCAGCUUCGGUGGCGGCUCAAUUUUUGAAAAAUCAUGACGCUAACUUCUCGAGCCGCCCACCGAACUCUGGGGCGAAACACAUGGCUUAUAAUUACCAUGACCUUGUUUUCGCACCUUACGGACCACGGUGGCGUAUGCUAAGGAAAAUUUGUUCUGUUCAUCUUUUUUCAACUAAAGCUUUAGAUGACUUCCGCCAUGUCCGACAGGAAGAAGUCAGAACACUUACACGCGCCUUAGCGAAUGCUGGUCAAAAUCCAAUCAAACUAGGGCAGCUGUUGAACGUGUGCACCACGAAUGCACUUGCGCGUGUGAUGCUCGGGAAGCGGGUAUUCGCCGACGGUACUAACGGCAUGGAUCCACAAGCGGAGGAGUUCAAGUUAAUGGUGGUGGAGAUGAUGGUUCUCGCCGGCGUUUUCAACAUCGGCGAUUUUAUUCCGGCGCUUGAUUGGAUGGACAUUCAAGGCGUAGCUGAAAAAAUGAAGAAGCUCCACGCGCGUUUCGACGCGUUCUUAACCACGAUCCUCGAAGAACACAAGGAAAAGCGAGUUGGAGAAUCGAAGGAACAGGGGGAUUUGUUGAAUACGUUGAUCUCUUUGAAAAAUGAAGAAGACGAUAAUGGCGGAAAACUUACUGAUACAGAAAUUAAAGCUUUACUUUUGAACUUAUUUAUAGCUGGGACAGACACAUCCUCUAGCACAGUAGAAUGGGCCAUUGCAGAGCUUAUUCGUAACCCGAAAAUACUGGCCCAGGCCCAACAGGAGAUCGACAAAGUAGUUGGAAAGAACCGGCUCGUUAUGGAAUCUGACCUGGCCCAAUUGACUUAUUUGGAAGCCAUAGUCAAGGAAAUCUUUAGGCUUCAUCCAUCAACACCCCUCUCCCUCCCUAGAAUUGCAUCCGAGAGCUGUGAGAUCAAUGGCUACUUCAUUCCAAAAGGCUCGACACUUCUCGUCAACGUUUGGGCCAUUGCUCGUGAUCCAAACCAAUGGGCUGAUCCAAUAGAGUUCAGGCCCGAAAGAUUCUUGCCCGGAGGUGAAAAGCCCAAAGUUGAUGUAAAAGGAAAUGACUUUGAAGUAAUUCCGUUUGGUGCUGGUCGAAGAAUAUGCCCCGGAAUGAGUUUGGGUAUCCGCAUGGUCCAGUUGAUGACUGCAACUUUGAUCCAUUCGUUUAACUGGGCUUUGCCCACUGGACAAUUGCCAGAUAAGUUAAAUAUGGAGGAAGCAUUUGGGCUGACUUUACAACGGGCUGAUCCAUUAGUGGUCCACCCGAUCCCACGGUUAGAAGCCCAAGUAUACGGUGGGUGA